AUGGCUCGCUUCGCAGAAGAUCUACCCACCCGCUAUGGAGCUGGAGGAGGAGGCAGAGGUGCGCCGGGCGCAGGCAGAGGGGGCGCCCGAGCAGGUGGUCCUCCAGGCGGCCAAAGGAUAUACAAGCAGUCGAUGGCUCAGAGAGCCAGGACAAUGGCCAUAUACAACCCUAACCCAGUCAAACAGAACUGCUUCACUGUCAACCGAUCCUUGUUCAUCUUUCGAGAGGACAAUCUCAUUAGGAAAUAUGCUAAGCGAAUAACCGAAUGGCCUCCGUUUGAGUACUUAAUCCUGGCCACCAUCAUCGCCAACUGCAUCGUACUGGCCCUGGAGCAGCACCUACCAGCCAGCGACAAGACACCUAUGUCAGAACGCCUGGAUGACACAGAGCCCUACUUUAUUGGAAUAUUCUGUUUCGAGGGCGGCAUUAAGAUCAUCGCCUUGGGCUUUGCAUUCCACAAAGGCUCAUACCUCCGCAACGGCUGGAACGUAAUGGACUUUGUGGUCGUCCUCACUGGGAUCCUGGCUACGGUGGGCUCAGACUUUGACCUAAGGACUCUGCGGGCGGUGAGAGUACUCAGACCUCUCAAACUGGUGUCUGGCAUCCCCAGUCUUCAGGUGGUAUUGAAGUCUAUCAUGAAGGCCAUGGUGCCUCUGCUCCAGAUAGGCAUGUUGCUCUUCUUCGCCAUACUCAUGUUUGCCAUCAUCGGAGUGGAGUUCUACAUGGGCAAGUUCCACUCCACCUGCUUCACUGUCGACACUGGUGAGCGUGCAGCAGCGUUCCCCUGUGGUACGGAGGCCCCAUCCAGGAUGUGUCCUAACGGUACAGAGUGUACAGAGUACUGGAUCGGCCCCAACUAUGGCAUCACCAACUUUGACAACAUCCUGUUCGCCGUGCUCACGGUCUUCCAGUGCAUCACCAUGGAGGGAUGGGUGGACAUCCUCUACAACGCCAAUGAUGCCUCGGGGAACACCUGGAACUGGCUCUACUUCAUCCCCCUCAUCAUCAUCGGAUCCUUCUUCAUGCUCAACCUGGUCCUGGGUGUCUUAUCAGGGGAGUUUGCCAAAGAGAGAGAGCGUGUGGAGAAGAGGCAGGACUUUCUGAAGCUGCGCCGACAGCAGCAGAUAGAGAGAGAGCUGACGGGGUACCUGGAGUGGAUAUGCAAGGCAGAGGAGGUGCUGCUGGCGGAGGAGGAUGAGAACGCGGAGGAGAAGUCCCCUCUGGACGGUGCGUGGUACAAGAGGAAACAGAACCUCCCAGUGUUGAAACGAGGCAAGGUCAAGAAGAGUAAGAAUGACCUGAUCGGUGCUGAGGAGGGAGAGGAUCACUUUACUGACAUGUCCUCUGUCGCUCCCCCUGGCUCACCGUUUGGCCGGGCCAGCGUGAAGAGCAUUAAGCUGGACAGCUCAUCCUACUUCCGCCGCAAGGAGAGGAGAAUGCGUUUCUUCAUCCGUCGCAUGGUCAAAGCCCAGAGCUUCUACUGGACAGUCCUUUGCCUGGUGGGGCUCAACACACUGUGUGUGGCCAUCGUCCACUAUGACCAACCUGAGUGGCUCACCACUGCCCUGUACCUGGCAGAGUUUGUGUUCCUGGGUCUGUUCCUAUCUGAGAUGAGCCUGAAGAUGUACGGCCUGGGAGCCAGGAACUACUUCCAUUCCUCUUUCAACUGCUUCGACUUUGGUGUGAUAAUAGGGAGUAUACUUGAGGUGGUGUGGUCGAUGAUCAAACCAGGGGCAUCCUACGGCAUUAGUGUACUGAGGGCUCUUCGUCUGCUCAGGUUGUUCAAGUUUACCAAGUACUGGAACUCCCUGAGGAACCUGGUGGUGUCUCUGCUCAACUCCAUGAAGUCCAUUAUCAGCUUGCUCUUCCUCCUCUUCCUCUUCAUUGUGGUCUUUGCUCUGCUGGGCAUGCAGCUUUUUGGAGGACAGUUUAAUUUCGAAGAGGAGACGCCGACGACCAACUUCGAUACCUUCCCGGCGGCCAUUCUCACCGUCUUCCAGAUUCUGACUGGCGAGGAUUGGAAUGCAGUAAUGUAUCAUGGCAUUGAGUCUCAGGGGGGCGUGCGGCGGGGAAUGUUCUCCUCGGUCUACUUCAUCGUCCUCACACUCUUUGGAAACUACACUCUCCUGAACGUCUUUUUGGCUAUCGCCGUCGACAACCUCGCUAAUGCACAGGAGCUCACCAAGGAUGAGGAGAAGCAGGAGGAAGAAGCCAAUAAGAAGCUGGCCCUGCAGAAGGCCAUGGAGGUGAAGGAGGUCAGCCCCAUGUCAGCAGCCAACAUCUCCAUCGCUGUUUUUGUAAAGCAAAAUCGAGAUGUACUCUCUCGCAGCUCGUCCGUCUCCAGCGUACAUUCACCUAAGGAGCAGCAGAGAGCCAAUAAGAUGAUGUCGGUGUGGGAGCAGCGCACCAACCAGCUGCGUCAAAACAACUUGAGGGCCAGCUCAGAGGCUCUGUUCAAUGAGCUGGACCCAGAGGAACGACUGCGUGUCUCCUCCGCCCUCCACCUGCGCCCCGAUAUGAAGACCCACAACGACCGCCCCCUAGUGGUGGAGCCAGGCAAUGGGGACAAACCACGACCCCCCAAGGAGGACAGAGAUGGAGCAGACCCCCAGCAAGAGGGAGGAGACCCCCACAGCCCACAACUCCGCAAGCACCACCGUCACCGGGAGAGGAAUGGGGAGAACGGGGAGAGCAGGCAUCACACCCACCACAGCCGCAGUAGGGACCACUACCACCCAGACGGGCCCCGGCCCAAAGAAGGAAAGGUGGAGAGGAGCCAUAGUCGAGAGGGGGGCCAGGGCCACAGGCACCAUCACCAGGCUGGAACCCCGGAGGAAGGGGUGAACGGAGGGGCGGAGGAGAGGGAGCACCGCCACCACCACUCCCACAGACAGCCCCGAGAGGAGAACGGGGCCCUGGCUAACGGGGCCAGAGUGGAGAGGAAGGGCCGGGGGCACAAGGAGGGGAAUGGAGAGGGGAACGGAGAGAGGAGGAGAUACCGCUCCCACAUGGUCAGGGCCCAGUCAACUCUGGAUGGAGAGGAGUGCAGAGAGAAUGGAAAGAGAGAUGGAGACAGGGACCAGGGACACAGAGCUUCACUGGACGCUCAAGGGGAGAGCCUGGCCACCAGCCCUGUGCAGCCUCCUGCAGGUCUGCAGGCCGGAGAGAAGCAAGAGGAUGCAGACAACCAGAAGAACAGCCACAGAGCCAGCCAGGCAGGCCUCAACAGCAAUACUGUCCACAUCCCUGUCACCAUCACCGCCCCGCCCAGAGAGACCACCAUCAUACCCAUGAAUAACAUAGACUGUGAGAGCCUCCCCCUGAACGAGGAGAAGAAGAACUUAGAGGAGGAUGAGGAGGAGCUGAAGAAUGGCCCCAAACACAUUCUACCCUACAGCUCCAUGUUUGUGUUCGGGCAGACCAACCCGGUGCGUCGGCUGUGUCACUACGUGGUGAACCUGCGUUACUUUGAGAUGUGUAUCCUGUCGGUCAUCACCAUGAGCAGCAUAGCCCUGGCUGCUGAAGACCCUGUACAGGCCAAUGCACCCCGCAAUAACGUGCUCAAGUAUCUGGACUAUGUCUUCACGGGAGUGUUCACCUUUGAGAUGGUGAUUAAGAUGAUAGACCUGGGACUGCUCCUCCAUCCUGGUUCUUACUUCCGCGACCUGUGGAACAUCCUGGACUUUAUCGUGGUCAGUGGAGCUCUGGUGGCGUUCGCCUGCUCAGGAACUAAAGGCAAGGACAUCAACACCAUCAAGUCCCUCAGGGUGCUGCGAGUCCUGAGGCCCCUGAAGACCAUUAAACGACUGCCCAAGCUCAAGGCUGUGUUUGACUGCGUGGUCAACUCUCUGAAGAACGUGCUCAACAUCCUCAUUGUCUACAUGCUCUUCAUGUUCAUCUUCGCUGUGAUCGCUGUGCAGCUGUUCAAGGGCAAGUUCUUCUACUGCACCGACGAGUCUAAAAGUCUGGAGAAGGACUGCAGGGGUAAGUUUCUGGACUAUGACCGUGAUGACGUGGCUGCCCAGGAUCGUGAGUGGAGAAAGUACGAGUUCCAUUAUGAUAACGUGCUGUGGGCCUUCCUCACCCUCUUCACCGUCUCCACCGGGGAGGGCUGGCCAAUGGUCCUAAAGCAUUCUGUAGAUGCCACCUAUGAGGACCAGGGUCCCAACCCAGGCUUCCGUAUGGAGACCUCUAUCUUCUAUGUGGUCUACUUUGUGGUCUUUCCCUUCUUCUUCGUCAACAUCUUUGUGGCUCUCAUCAUCAUCACCUUCCAGGAGCAGGGAGACAAGGCCAUGUCAGAGUGUAGUCUGGAGAAGAACGAGAGAGCUUGUAUCGACUUUGCCAUCAACGCCAAGCCUCUGACGCGCUACAUGCCAGCAGACAAGCAGUCGUUUCAGUAUAAGAUGUGGAAGUUUGUGGUGUCGCCGCCCUUUGAGUACUCCAUCAUGACCAUGAUCGCACUCAACACUGUGGUGCUGAUGAUGAAGUUUCACGGUGCUCCGGAGCUGUACGAGGCCAUGCUGAAGUACCUGAACAUCGUGUUCACAGCUCUCUUCACACUGGAGUGCAUCCUGAAGAUCAUCGCUUUUGGACCACUGAAUUACCUGAAGGCAGCCUGGAACGUGUUUGACUUUGUGACAGUUUUGGGGAGUAUCACGGACAUCUUGGUCACAGAGAUUAAGACGGACAAGCUGAUCAACCUGAGUUUCCUGAGGCUUUUCAGGGCGGCCAGGCUCAUCAAGCUAUUGAGGCAGGGCUAUACCAUCCGCAUCCUGCUGUGGACCUUUGUCCAGUCCUUCAAGGCCCUACCUUACGUCUGCCUCCUCAUCGCUAUGCUCUUCUUUAUCUAUGCCAUCAUAGGCAUGCAGGUGUUUGGAAACAUUGAGCUGAAUGAGGAAUCGGCCAUCAACCACCACAACAACUUCCAGACAUUCUUUCAGGCUCUGAUGCUUCUGUUCAGGAGUGCAACAGGCGAGGCGUGGCAUGAGAUCAUGCUGUCGUGUCUGAGUAACCGUCCGUGUGAUAAGCUGUCAGGGUCCGGAGGGAAGGAGUGCGGCAGUGACUUUGCUUACUUCUACUUUGUCUCCUUCAUCUUCCUCUGCUCCUUCCUGAUGCUCAACCUUUUUGUGGCGGUCAUCAUGGACAACUUUGAGUACCUAACCAGAGAUGCCUCCAUCCUGGGGCCUCACCACCUGGACGAAUUUAUCCGCGUCUGGGCCGAGUACGACCCUGCUGCCUGUGGCCGUAUGACCUACCUUGAUAUGUACGAGAUGCUCCGCCACAUGUCCCCUCCGCUAGGUUUGGGAAAGAAAUGCCCGCCCAGAAUCGCCUAUAAGCGAUUGGUCAAGAUGAACAUGCCCAUCGCCGAUGACAAUACAGUGCACUUCACGUCCACGCUGAUGGCUCUCAUCCGCACCGCUCUGGAGAUCAAACUGGCAUCUGGGGUGCUGGCUCAGCGCCUGUGUGAUGCUGAUCUGAGGAAGGAGAUCUCCAGAGUCUGGCCUAACCUGCCUCAGAAGACUGUUGACCUGCUGGUCACACCAUAUAAAAUUGAUGAGUUCAAUGAGCUCAUAUGCCCCUUUGCGGUUGUAAACCGAGAGCUGACAGUGGGGAAGGUCUAUGCUGCCCUGAUGAUCUUUGACUACUACAAGCAGAACCGGGCCAAGAGACUAGAACAGCAACUGGGACUGGACUUCACAGGGACAAUUAAGAAUAAAAAGGGUGCAGCCUUCUUCCGCCCCAUGAUGCCCAUGACCCAUCUGCAGGAGGAGACGCCAAUCACCACUGCCAAGCCCCCGCCCCCCUCACAACCUGAACCAGAGCCUCAGCCAGAGCCUCCGCCCGCCACCACCUCUCUAACCAAUGGUGACACAGUACCAAGCCCUAGAAGUGCCAUAAAAGAGUCCGUAUCAGGAGAUCAGCUGUCUCAGGAGGGCCAGCGGUCCAGCACUAGCAGUCGGACUCUACAGAGGGGCCAGUCAGAGGACGUGCCCUACUCCAUCAAACCUCAGGAAUCAGUGGAGAUGAGGCAGGUGGAGAACGGUGCUGAUUUAGAGGGCUACUUUGGUCUGGAGGGCCAUGGCAGAGCAGCGUCCAUGCCUAGACUGGACUCCCAGUACUAUCGGAACCACCCUCGCCACCUACCUGGGACCUACCUGGCACCUAUACCUGACAUCAGUCCUAUCAGGCGGUCGGCGUCCACGUUGGCUUCCCAGCGCCCCCAGGAGGUGAGUCUGAGUGACUACACCCUGGAGAGGCCUAGCCAAGCCCAGGCCCAGUCGUCCUCAGUCCCAGGCCAGGCCCAGGACAGGCCCUACCACCAUCACCACCAUCACCGCUGUCACAGACGCAGGGACAAGGAGAGGGACAAGAAGCAGAAGUCACUCGACAGGACAUCCAGCGUGCAGCCUUCUAGUAUAGCAGGUUUGCCUGCUGACCCUGCCGUGGAGGGCUUGUCCGGGGAGCGGGCGAGGGAGCGUGACCGAGGCAGGCCUCAGGAGAGAAGGCAUCACUCUGCUGCCGGGGAGAAGCAGCGCUACUACUCCUGUGAACGCUACGGAGGCAGGGAGCACUAUCACACCAAGUCAGCCGGCCCGAGCCGCUCCACCUCCCCUGGAGAGACCCAUGACCUAGGCCUCUUCAAGCAGAGUAUCGGCAUGGCUAAAGGCAGCCAAGUGGUCUUAACUUCAGCGUUCAGCACACCCUGCCGUGGGCGCAGACAGCUCCCCCAGACCCCCCUCACCCCCCGCCCCGCCGUGGCCUACAAGACCGCCAACUCCUCACCUGUGCAGUUUGGUGCCACGGGGCACAAAUCCAGUCUCAGCCGUGGCCUCUCGGAGCAUAGCGCCCUGUUGGAGUCACCCGCCAUGCCCGUCACCCGCAUCGGCUCAGACCCCAACCUGAGCCCCCAGUUGCGGGGUGCCCCUCCACGCAGCCUCCCUGAGGAGCCUGAUGACUUCCAGGACGCUGUGAGCACCCAUGGUGGGGGAGGUGGCCGCUCCCCCAGGACCUCUGCCUCAGCAUCCCAUGGGGCUACUGAGCCUUCCUCUGCACCUGCCCCACAAGGCCGGGCUGGGGUCCCAAACGGGUACCACUUCACUCUGGGGGUCAACGCCGGUUCGAGUUCCAGCACCAGAGGAACUGGGAGCUUCCGGGAGAAGGAAGAGGAUGACUGGUGCUAG